AUGCCUCCCAAGAAGAACAAGGGUGCCGAAGACAAGCCCGCCGAGAGCAAGUCACCGUACUACGCUCCGACCAUCAUGGCGAAGUGUGCCAUCUUCUUGGGCGACCUGUCAGGUCCUGUUCUUGCAUCGCAUGGUACCAACGACAGCGGCAUCAGGAUCGGAGCCAGGAUCCGCGUGGAAACCAACGAUGGGUUGGAUCCUCACAUCGCCCUCAUCUUGAAGUUCCCGGACGGCGCAGACAACGAGGAUAACGGUUCCGGUGUGCGCUUUCAUUACACAAAGAAUGGGAGCACAUACGAUCCUUUUCCGACUCUCGACAUUAGAAUUCGAUUUCACCAUCAGAAGUGGACUCAGAAGUUCGAGGAGGCGUCUCCUGAACUGCUCAGUAGAUUCCCUUCGCUGCAAGAGGGUCCUGGCACGACGAUCAUCACCUUCUCAUGCGACGUGGAUGACAAAGACAGAGUCUCGAUUGAAGGCUUGGGUAUGGCCUACAUAAACAAGUCGGAGCCCGAGCUUGAGAAGUUUGUGAACGAGAACGGUUCUCUUCAUGGAGUCACCCUAUCCGACUUCAUUCGUCGCAAAACCUUUCAUGUUUUCAUGAUCAGAAAGGGUACACCUACCCACAUCCAGAAGAGCUUCAGCUUCGAGAAUCUGCCGCCACCCUUCAACUACCCUUAUGGCGAUGCUCACAACUUCGAUCCCGAACGCGGCGCAGAUUUUCUCGCCAAAAACCCGCGCAAGGCUGCGUACAGCUCCGUCCACAGUUUCAACGACGCCAACUCCAUGUUGACCGUCACAACGCAGUCGCUACUACAGAACGACUUGUAUGUGUGGCGGCAGGCUCAACUUAUCUCUGCUGUCAAGCUGCACGCCUACUUCGUUCCCAAUCCUGAACGCAAGAAUAACUACUUUGUUAUUCUUCCUCUUCCUAAAGAGUUCAUGGAUCAGUUCGAGCCUGUAUGGGCAAAGCUCUUGGACCAACAAGUCUCUCUCACUAUGUGGGAGAACGAGGACGACGAGAAGCCCUCUGGCUCUUGGGUAUGUAGCUUCAAGCCGUACACGAGCGGCAUCCAGGCCCUAGAGCCUCACCCUCGUGGCAAGUCCGAGGCUGUGCUUGCCGUGGUGCGCCCGCCCCCUCAAGAUCCCGGCAGUCAAUGCAGCAUUAGCUGCGUAGCCCUCCACUUUUUUGGCAUCUUGGACGACACCGAGCGCAAGAUCAUUGCCGUCGACAAGUGGAACGAGCCGGAUUCCGAAAGUGGUCAUCUCGCUCAACUCACAAUGCGUGGGCAAGGCUAUGCGGAGUGGAUGAUGCAGUCUGGCACUGCAGCUGAAGGCGAAGGCGUGGCCGGUCUCACUAAGGCCGUGACGUCCGCCACAAUUAUUGGAAGCCCGCCUUCUCUCCGUCAUCUACCCAAGGUGUCAUUCUUGCCUGGCAAGGAUGUCCGCUACGAGGAGGCUCUAACGAGCAUAAGCCUGGAGGAAGAUCGAGAACGGUGGCAUGCGUUUUGCCGCCAGGUGCUACUGGGAAUCGCCAUCGUCACAGCAGGCCCGGGUUAUGGCAAGACCACUGAAAUGGCGAAGACCGCACUCGCCAUGGAGUAUAGUCUCGGUCGUGUUUUCUGUACGGCGCCAGCUCACGUGGCUGUUACCAACUUUGCGGUCCGCACCGACAAGAUAACCCGUGAAGUUUGCCUGCGAUAUAACGACAAUCUUCCCGAGGGUACGCCGCGAGCUCGCCAUCGAAUGGUAUUACGUGGAUACAAGCGAGCCCACGAGCUUGCCGCGUUCGAAGCUCUGCUGGAAGACCCUCGUCUUGGAGACAUGGCUGCCCCUCAACUGUCGUAUGGCCAGGCACCCUGGCGCCUUGAGUUAUCCGUGGCCUUUUGGCUCUUGGUGCUUUUGCGUUCCCCUGCUGUCCGAGACCUCCACAAAGACGAUAAGGAGGCGCUGCACCAGCUUCAACGCCAGGUCGAUACCAGACGGGACUGGGCUAAACUUCGAGCUGUAGCCACUGGGCAGAUCACGUGGGACGAGUAUACCGAAACGGCUCCACCCCAUCAGAAGACCUUGUCCACUGCCAUGGAUCAGCUUGUCGCCAUGGCAGACAUCCUGGCUACUACGCCUUCUGCGUGCGUAUCUGUCACAGAGGUGUACAAUCGUUGGUGGAUGCAGGCGAAGGCUGUCGCUAUCGACGAGGCGGCAAACAUGGACCGCGGCGACCUGGCGAGUGCUUGGGGCAACAAGAUGCUGCCAUUGUUGUGUGGCGGGGACACCGAGCAACUUCCACCCACUGUGUUGACCGAUGAGUACUGCAUCGACGCAGCCGGUCACGUGUUCAACCAAUUUUCGAACGACGGCCUCAUAUCAGCCCAGGGCUUCUUGAUGGCAUCGGGGCACCUGGCUUACCGUUUGCGCCUGCAACUCCGAACCGCCAAUGGUCUGUUCGACAUCGUCGGUAAAACCAUCUAUCCGGACAUCCCGGUAAGAUAUGGAGAGAGCUGCUGCAUCGACUUGCCGAAGUUCAAGAACGGCCAUCUUCUGGAGAGCUUCUUCAGGGAGCGUUUCCCGGAAUUAGUCGCACCCAAGGAGGGCAAGUUCGCGCCAAUCUUCGUGCACUGCCCCGAUACAAUCGUGAGAAUCGAUCACGUCAACGGGAAUAAACGGUGCAACGACCAGGUUCACGCUGCCCUCAACAUGGCAUCCCAACUUGUCAAGGAGAAGUCCGUUGACGCCUCGAAGGUGGUGAUUCUGUCACCAUACAAGGCGAAUGUGGAACUCUUGAACAAAUGGACGCAGAAACACUACCCUGAGCUCGCCACGAUGAGUCCCGCAUCGACCAUUGAUGGUUAUCAGGGGCAGGAAAACGACAUUGUCUUUGUCGUAAUGGGCACCAAGGCCCGUAACCCUGGUCCCGGGUUCACGACGAAACGCGCCCGGCUCAACGUCCUCCUUACGAGGCAGCGGUGCGGUCUCGUCGUCUUUGGCGACAUCAACGUCGUCGGAGAGAUGAACCCGAAGGACUUCGGCACCAUGCCGCAGCUGGACCUCCCAGCUGCGUCGAACUUCUCGUUGGCGAAGCCCCCGCAGUUCGUGGUGGGCGGCAAAGCCCGUGCUGACGGGAGGGCCGUGGGGAUCGUCAAGAAAACGGCACCCGCACAAUACCGGAUCUGGCUUUUGUUGUGGCAGAGUGGCAGGGUAGUGACCAUGUCUGUCAAAAACCUCGGCAAUCUCGAUGGUAGCCCUGAGACGGGAGUAGAGAGGGAGGAAAAUGGGGCCAAGAGGAAAGCCGAGGAGGAAACUAAGAAGGAAGCCAAGAAGCCUAAGAUCAAGGAGCCCGAAAAGAAAAGCGAGAGCUAG